AAGUUUCAAUAUGGAAAUCUAUGAAAAUUGGAAAAUUGAGAAAAGGGUAAGGUUAAAAAUAUGAUUGGUUUUGUAGCCCUAAUCAAGUUUUAACUGACUCAAACAACACUGUAGGAAAUAUUAGCCAUGAAAUAGGAGGAGAAAGUAUCUCGAAUUUGUCUGAUGUUGGACCUCAAGAGCAUCAUAAUAUAAUAGUGGAAAAACUAGAUGAUGAGUGUUUAAAAGAUGGUUCUCAGCAGAAUUCUGAGUUUCCUCGUGCUUAUACAAAUCAAAAUGCAAACAAAACCAUGAAAACAUUAUGAUUCAAGCCAAAAUACAGAGUAAGAACACAAAUGAAUCAGUCAGACCUUCCACUAGGCCUGGUAAGGCAAACCAAAAAAUCGACCUAAAAACCCCAGUUGGGGAGAGAGCAAACAGUUCUGGAAAGAAGACUAAGAGGAAAUUAGAUUACAAUAUACAGGUAACGCAUCCUAGCACCAAAAAGAGAACAGAAGUGUCAAUUGUUUCUCCAGAAUUAUUGAGUUUGAAACGAUCCAGAUCAGGAAGACUACUUUUACCUUCCCUAGAUUUCUGGCGCAACCAAAAGGCAGUUUAUGAUACGGUUCGUGAUAUCUUCCUGCCUUAUACAUGGUUUCAAUUCAAGUUUGCAAGUUGAAUUGAAAUGGAGUGUUUGCACCUCUCUAAAAUGAAAAUGAAGAGCUUGAAUCUCCAGAGUUUCCAAUGUUGUGGAAAAAUGAGUUUGGUUUGGGCAAAAGAAAGAUCCUGAGAUUUUUUAGUGCCAUGAGAAAAAAUAUUGGAUAUCUCAAUUUAUUUAAAUAAUAUUAAAAAUCAUUACAUUUUUAAGAACUUUUGUAUCUCAUAUAAAAAAAAUAUUAAUAUUUUUUAUUUUUAAAAUUUAUGACAAGAAGUAUAAUUAGAUAGAUAUUAAGUUAGGGGUGCAACUUGGGCAGAAUACGGACCCAACCUGUAGACUUGGACAAUCAUUUUCAGUACUCGGGUUGGACAAAAAUUAGGUUUUUUUUUCCCGAACUUAAUCAGGGCUGGGUUUAGUUCAAGGUUCAAACAACCUAAGCCUAACUUGAACUUCAUUUAAUGUUUUUAUAAUAUUUAUAAUGUUGUGAAACAAUUGCCAAUAAGAGGGCACUUCCCUAGUACUUGUGAUGUUCAUAAGGAUUUUAAAACGAAAAAACAGGGGGGAAAUUAAGCUCCUUGAUCCUUAAAGUAGCAGCUGAAAUAUUAAAUGAAAUCUACAAAAGAAAGGCCUCUAUUUCUUACUGAUGUAGCAGACCAUUCAACAAAAAAUUCAGGAAAACAUUUUUCAGGUACAAUUUUGAUUGAUCAACAUCAUCAAAGAUUGUUUUAUUCCUUCACUUCCAAAUACAUCAAGAUACGCAUGGUCGGCUCGUAAGCCAUACUCCUCUCUUUCCUCUUGUAAUCUCCUAGUCAACUAUUCAAUAUGUCCUUAAUUUAGAGAUUUGCUUUAUGCAAACUUUCAAUCUUGUCCUCUCAUAAAUCUGUGUUCCAUUUGUCUCUCUACCAAACACGAUCUUAGAUUCUGAUGACUGGGAAUAUACAUACAAGAUUGGAGUUGUAUGAUGAUUGGGAAUUGUUACCACUAGGUCUAAUAAAUGGGUCCUGAGAAAUUGCAAUCAAUUUAUCCAGAUUGCUAGUUAUUUUUAUUGAAGGUAUAAUGCUUCUAUUUUAUUUUUCUGGCUAUAUUAGAUCAGAAAACCAUCCUUUGGCUCUGUUUUGAUCUCUAUGGUUCUCUUGUUUUCCUUUUCUAUAUUUCUUUUCAGAAAUAAAAUUUUCUGCUACUAUUUAUUUAUUUAUUUAUCUUUUCUCUCUUUCGAUAGUUCUUAAGCCUUUUAUCUAUAGUUAUUGAUUUGGUCAUUGGAAGCUUGCUAAAACAGUAAGACAUCAUAGUUGUUAGCAAUUCUGUUGUGGUACAAUUUAGGAAUUAUUAUUGGAUUGGUUAGAAGCUAGGCACUCAAGCAUUUUAUGGAUAUUGGU